CCGCCCUUCCCCAAGAUGGCGGCGCGGGGAGCCCGCAUACGUGCUCUUGCCAGCAGUUGGCAUGGUGGCGGGAAACCCGUGGUACCCAAGGGGCCUGAAGCUGCCGCGCUGCCAGGAGGCGGAAUGGCGGCGAUGGAGGUCCGGCUGCCCGUGGCCCGCAAGCUAGUGGGCCAGGGCUUGGCACGCGGCAGCGGGAGGGACCUGGUGGCGCCGGGGGACACGAUCACCACGGACACGGGCUACAUGAGGGGCCACGGCACCUAUAUGGGCGAGGAGAAACUGGUGGCGUCCGUGGCCGGCGCAGUGGAGCGAGUGAACAAGCUGAUCUGCGUCAAAGCCCUGAAAACCAGGUAUAAUGGUGAAGUUGGUGACAUCGUGGUUGGGAGAAUCACAGAGGUGCAGCAGAAACGGUGGAAGGUGGAGACAAACUCCAGGCUGGAUUCAGUCUUGCUUCUCUCGUCCAUGAAUCUGCCGGGAGGGGAGCUGAGGAGGAGAUCGGCAGAGGAUGAGUUGGCCAUGAGGGACUACCUGCAGGAGGGGGACCUGAUCAGUGCGGAAGUCCAGUCGGUGUUCUCUGAUGGGGCUGUAUCUCUGCACACCCGGAGUCUGAAAUACGGGAAGCUUGGCCAGGGUGUGCUCGUUCAGGUUUCGCCUUCCCUUGUGAAGCGCCAGAAGACUCACUUCCACGACCUGCCCUGUGGCGCCUCGGUGAUCCUCGGCAACAAUGGUUUCAUCUGGAUUUACCCCACUCCUGAGCAGAAAGAUGAGGAGGCAGGUGGCUUCAUCACCAAUCUGGAGCCAGUCUCCUUAGGUGACCGGGAGGUAAUCUCACGACUCCGGAACUGCAUCGUGGCUCUGGUUACACAGAAACUGAUGCUCUAUGACACCAGCAUUUUGUAUUGCUACGAAGCAUCACUCUCCCAUCAGAUCAAGGACAUUCUGAAACCGGAGGUGAUGGAGGAGAUAGUGCUGGAGACCCGGCAGAGGCUGUUGGAACUGGCGGGAUGAUGGAGGGAGCGAGGAGUAGCAGCUUGGCAUCUCAUCACGUCAGCCUUUACGUUCCAGUGUUAUACAGUUCUGCCAUGUCCCAACCAGUAUUCCUGAACUCAGAAAGCACCUGAAUCCUGUUGUCUUCACACGUUCCUCCUUGUGCAGUUUUCGUUUUGUUUUUGUAUGGUCUUAUCCCCUCAUGAUUCAAAAUGGACUUGUGGCCCUUGGGAAGAGUGGCUAUAACUGGCGUGUCUCUCACUAGGUAGAUUUUGGUGGGAAGUCAGAGGUGCCUCUGAUGUACCCCCAA